CGUGAAGGUGGAGUCGUGGUGGAGGGAAGGGAAGCGUACCAAACCAGUCAAAAUCCGAUUCCAGCCGCCACACCUCCCACCAACCACAAACCCGCCUUCCAAAUCCCGACAAGGCAGCACGACACCACCGCGUCGCAGCGCGGCUUCAACUUGAAGGCCAAACCCCCACGCCGGCGGCCACCGCAUCGCCCAUCUCGCUGCUAGGAUCCCGCCGGGCCGCCGCGCGGGUUCGGCCGGGGAGGAGGCGGAGAGAUGCGGCGGUCGUCGAGCGGGGCUCGCGUGUCGGAGGGAGGGGACGCGGCCUCGUCAUCGGCGGGCCACCACGGCGACGACGCGGCGCUGCCGACGUUCGACCCGCAGUCGGCGGCGGGGCGGCGGGAGGCCGCGCGGACGCGGGCGCUGGGGCGCGCCGUGCACUGCAUCCCGGUCCUGCUGCUCUUCUGCGUCCUCGUGCUCUGGCUCGCCUCCACCUCCCCGGUCCACAUCGACUGAUGAGGGUAUGGCAAGUGGAUCCAAAAUCUGGUUUCCAGAGUUCCGCAAAAAGUACAUUGAAGUAGAUAAGAAAUGAUCACGUAGUACACCUACCAAGGGG